AUGGUAUCACCUGAUAACCGGCCUGGUACCCAGGGCCCCUCUGCCUCUGCCCAUGCUCACGACAGCCGGGUUCCGCGAAAACGACCUGGUUCUUGGGACAACAACCCAUCGACAGCCGGCAACCGGGCUGUAAAGAAGCGAGCAGUCAGGGCCUGCGUCUCGUGUCGAGAUCGUAAGGUGCGGUGCGACGUUGUCAACGGCGGACCGCCAUGCACCAACUGUCGGCUCGACGACGUCGACUGCGUCCUAAAGGCAUCGAAUCGAGGCAAACACAAUCCCGCUAGAUAUCAGGCUCGCUCGAGGUUGUCGUCGAAUGCCACAGCUCCAAGAGCACCCUCACCUUCCGAUAAUAUAAAUACGGACGCUGACACAGCCGCACCUGGGCCUGCACCUGGCUCAGCUUCUGCCACCGUCUUCCGCUCUGACCAUAGCCAUGGCUCUGUAGCCACUGGUCAGCCUCAAGAGCGCCGCGGUAGCCAGUCAGUGGCUCAUGGCGACGAAGAAACGAUAUGCGACGAUGACGAGAACGAGAACAACAGCUGGCACAACCAGCAAGAAGCAGAACAAACACGAAUAAUACACGACUCCCAGGUCCAACCCAAUGACAUCGUACACGAGACGCAUUGCGAACAACAACCACAGCCGCAACCCAGCCAAGGGGCUGCGACACGCUCGACGCCCUCCGCUCAGCCUGCCAACCCACAAACGUCUGACUAUCUGGUGGCUCUCGCCUUUCAAGGAUUUUACGCUCUAGGAUGGACUGAACAAGACGCUACAGAGGCCCCCCCUUCUUCAUCAAGAAUGGACAAUGUCAGCGCCUCAGCAAACACGCCUCAUGCAGACCAAAACCACUUACCGUUAUAUAUCAGCCCCCAUCCUUCUCAUCUGGACAAGCAUGACCUUGAGUUUUUAGCUCGUAAGGACUGCCUUACUAUACCUGAUAAUCAGCUACGAGAUGAGCUUAUCCGGAUCUACGUCUUCGUAGUCUAUCCCUUUAUGCCUGCCAUUGAUCUUGUAGACUUUCUUGAACCUAUUACAGGAUCAAGUGAGGUUGGUACUGUUAGUCUAUUAUUAUUCCAGGCUAUUAUGUUUGCCAGCGUUACGUUUAUUGAUAUGCAACUACUGCAAAGGUAUGGCUUUAAGAACAAGAGAGCAGCCCGACAAGUCUUCUUUAACCGCGUGAAGCUUCUCUAUAGUCUAGGUUAUGAAGCAGACCGUUUAACUCUGGUACAGUCCCUGCUCCUCAUGACAUACUGGUAUGAUUCCGACAGUGACGAGAAGCAUACAUGGUACUGGAUGGGCCUCGCUCUUACCACAGCGCACAUAGAAGGACUCCAGCGCGACCUGGAGGAGCCGCAGCAGAUGACCAAGAAUGGACGGCUGCGGCGCCGGAUAUGGUGGUCCUGCGUGAUACGAGAUCGACUGCUUGGGCUCGGCCUUCGUCGCCCUUCCAGAAUCCAGGAAGAUGAGUUCAGUGUUGAACGGUUACGACUUGAUGAUUUUGACAUUUCGCUGCCACCGCCACCUGCAGUCGCUCGCUUGCUUGCAGCUCCAAGCUACACGGGUAAAGACCCUGUAAAUCGUCAGAGAAUGGCCAACCUCUGUAUAGACCUCAGCCAGCUGUGUUUUACGAUUGGACGGAUUCUCCACACCCAGUACACCAUUGCCAGUACGCCGGGAGCGGGCUCCAACUACCUGCGAAGGGCGAUUGUUCGACCUAGAAGCUUAAAAGAGCAGGCCCACAGCUUUGCAAAGUGCGAUGCUGAUCUCCAAGAGUGGUUUCGGAGCCUUGCCCCAGAGUCUCGCUAUGUCCCUGGAGCCCGAGAUGGCGGGGCCGCCGCUGCGCAGGUAGAAAACUCCACGAUCAGACUGCAUAAGAUUCUGCUCUAUAUGAAAUAUCUCACGGCGAUUGGGGCCUUACAUCGGCCCCAGGUCUUCUACAGUGGCUCGGAUAGCAUCGAUCCGGCGCGCAAGGCAGAUUCAAGGCGCAAGCUAACUGAGGCCGCCGUUGCCAUUACCAAGCUUGCCUUUGAUCUACAGUCCAACGGCCAGAUGUGCUAUGCGCCGACGAGCAGUGUCCCAGCAUUCCUAUCGGCGGCUCUAAUACACUUGCUAAACAUACGUUCCCCAGAUGAGGAAACGCGGAACAUCAGUAUAGGUCGCUUCUGCCAGUGCCUUGAUGCAUUACACCAACUUCAGAGCAUGUAUACCGCUGCCGACGAGGCGGUACAUAUCAUCAACAACAUGACAGAGAAUGCCGGCUUCAUUCUUCCUCUGCUUGGUAUAGGGAACCCGAUGUCGAAGGCAAACGGAAUCGCAGCAAGGAACUCGAGGCUGUUCUCAGCGAUUGGGCCCAGUCGUGUUACAACAGCAUAUCCAAGCCCAGCCCCUGCGACAGGAAACCUAGACACCUCGCAAGAAGAAAUGAUAUCUGCACCCAUCCCGGGAGCAGGGCCAACGGGCGUUGCUCUUACUGGGCAGCGCUCAAGACAGCCAUCGGCAGGCCCAAAUAUGACCCCGUCUGCUACACCAAACUUGAUGAGUAUCUGGAGCGCUGCAGGUAAUAUACACUCUGAGAGGGAUCUACCACUUCCUGCAGACCUAAUGGCUGGUAUCCAACUCGAUCUAGAUGCCUGGUAUAAUAUAGGGGAUAUUAUAGAUCCAGCCUUGAUGAACUUUGAGACAGGGCUAGACUUUUUAAACUCUUAA